AUCUCGAGGUACCUUGGAAGGUGGAGGUUAGGGCGCACAAAUGAAAGGAGGUUCGUCCCGCUGAUCAACAGUCAUUGAGCUUGAAGUGGAGCCUGAUUGACGUAGCAAUCCCUCUGCCUGGGUGCGCACAGAUUAUGGGUGUGGUUGAUUGAUUGCGCUUCGAUGCAUUCGGUGACAUUUGUGGGACGUGGGCGUUUGCUUCUGAAGAGUUGCUUCCUCUCAAAACCGCGUGCCGCUUUUGAGGCCAUGGCAGAGGCUUUCCUCAUCGUAGGGCAUGUCUGCACUCAGACAGGAGUAUUUGGGGGACCCCGGCUGAGCUCAGCAGAAGUUUCGCGGAGAUUCCAUACGCUGCUUUCAGGUUUCCCUGCUGGCACCCCGGGCUCCUUUCUGGGUGGCAGCAUUGCACUUCCAGAGCCCCUCCUUGCUCUUCCCGUGGACUCUCAAGGUAGUCCCUUCCCAUAUCACUCAACGGCGGCCGUCGCCAGGUUGUCAGAGCGCCCUUUCUUUCCUCCUUCACGAACUGACACAAGUAAACCUGGGAAUUGCUCAGAACUUUUGGCGCCGCAGCAUUGCAAAUCAUGGCCCCUUCUCCGCCGGAAAGGCAUCGCGCCCCUGGCGGCCUUUGGCACUCGCAGCGCAUCAACAAUGGGGAAGAAGGAGAAGACAAUAUAUGUGUGCAGCGAGUGUGGGGAAGACUUUCUGCAGUGGCAAGGCCAAUGCCCUGCCUGCAAGCAAUGGAACUGCCUGAAGCGGUUCAAAGUCGAGAAUGAUGCAAGCGGGGCCGCCGGGAAAAAGGGUGGGGGGGGUGCAGGCGCGAGGGCGGUGGCGGGGAUUGGAAGCGAUAUGGAGCUGAGAAAGCCAGACGUUACAUCUGAAGAGGUGCGGGGGGUAACACGGAGGGGCUCCUGGCUGACUGACACCAAGGGGGGUCCCCAGACGCUGAGAGAGGCGAAGAGCAGCAAGCCCACCGAGUGGAACAGGCUGCCCCUAAUGGGCCCUACUGGUGCUGAGAUGUCGCGCGUCCUUGGCGGGGGGGUCAGCAGAGGCUCCCUCAUUCUAGUUGGUGGGGACCCUGGAGUGGGCAAAUCGACUUUGCUGCUCCAAGUAGCCGGGCUGUUGGCAGACGGGAAAGGGGAGGGGGACGCUGCACCGGUCCUGUAUGUUUCUGGGGAAGAAAGCGUACCUCAGAUCUGUGGGCGGGCGGAGCGGAUGGGGGUCGAGUCUGAAACGCUGUACCUCUUCAGUGCCACCAAGCUGGAGGUCAUACUCGACUCCAUCAUGGAGUUGAACCCGCGCGCCGUUAUCAUCGACUCCAUCCAGACGGUCUACUUGAACGACGCAACGGGGAGCGCGGGCAGCGUCAUCCAGGUGCGCGAGUGUGCAAACGCGCUUCUCCAGGUGGCCAAGCGCACCGGUAUGGCCAUUUUCUUGGUGGGGCACGUGACUAAGGCGGGCGACAUAGCGGGGCCCCGCGUAUUGGAGCACAUCGUGGACACCGUGCUGUAUAUGGAGGGCGAGAGGCUGCAGGCGCUCAGACUUCUACGCGGCACCAAGAACCGGUUUGGCAGCACUGACGAGGUGGGCGUCUUCAAAAUGGCACAAGAAGGACUUGUCGCUGUGAGCGACCCCAGCGGCUUUCUUCUCGAGGACCGCGACGGCAACGAGUCGCCCACGCCCGUUGCAGUCGCGGCGCUGCUCGAGGGAACGCGACCCAUUCUGGUGGAAAUCCAGGCCUUGUGCUCGCCGGUUCCGCAGAACGCGGGGUCUGGUCGGCGGUCCGCGGUGGGCCUCGACACGGAGCGCUUCAACCUGCUGCUGGCCGUACUACGGAAGCAGGCCGACCUCAAAAUCUAUAACCAGGACAUUUACUUGAAUGUCAUCGGCGGCCUCAAGCUGUCCGAAGUCGCGUCGGACCUGGCUGUCGUCAUGGCUGUCGCCAGCAGUUUCCUAGAAAAGCCCAUCCCACGGGACAUCGCGUUCGUUGGAGAGGUUGGUUUGGGCGGGGAGCUCCGAUCGGUGCGACUGAUUGAGAGCAGGAUAAAGGGCGCCUCUAGUUUAGGAUUCAAGCGGAUCGUCACACCGAAGUCAGCGGUAGUAGGGUUGAAACUGCCGGAAGGAAUGGCCGAGAUCAUCCCGUGUGCGACCGUCAAGGAAGCAAUCUUGCGGACGUUGGAUGUCACCGAGAAAGACCUGAAAGUGUCGAAGAGUGCUUGAUCGACAUACGCGCUUGUGUCCUUAAUGCUGGGCACGCAUUGUUUGUAGUAAGGGCAGUUUGCCGAAGA